AUGUCAAUCAUCUUCUUCAACAUGCUCUCUCUUUCGCAGCAGUCCACCCUCAGAGGCGCUUCGAUUAGACACACCUCUACAUUACACCAUAGACUUCUCUUGCUUCCAACGUGGCCACAUUUCUCUAUCACUGCAACCAAACAUUAUCAGAACAACACUUACCCUCAGAAUCAGCUUAGCAACCAUCGUCCGUGGGCUCCGCAGCAUUUUUCUCCCACUUCACGCUGGAGAUGCUCGCUUCUCAAUUCAGUUUCUGAUCAAACUUUCAUGGCGGAGAAGCUCGGUGAUGAUGGCAUACUCUCUGUCAACCCUAAACCCUCCAAGGGUUUCUCCUCUAAGCUUAUCGAUCUUCUUGAGGCACUCGUGGUCAAGUUUAUGCACGAUACUUCACUCCCUCUCAACUACCUCUCUGGCAACUUCGCUCCCCUCCGAGAUGAAACUCCUCCGGAGUGCUUGAAUGGUGAAUUUCUGAGAGUUGGUCCAAAUCCCAAGUUUGAUCCUGUCGCUGGAUAUCUCUGGCACAUGGGUACAAUGAUACAUGGGGUACGCAUCAAAGAUAGUAAAGCAACUUAUGUUUCUCGGUACGUCAAGACAUCACGUCUCAAGCAGGAAGAGUUUUUUGGAGCUGCCAAAUUGAUGAAGAUUGGGGACCUUAAAGGGAUUUUCGGAUUGCUUAUGGCCAAUAUGCAACAUCUGAGAACUAAACUGAAAGUAUUGGACGACUCUUAUGGAAAUGGAACUGCUAAUACAGCCCUCGUAUAUCACCAUGGACAACUUCUAGCAUUACAGGAGACAGAUAAGCCUUAUGUCAUCAAAGUUUUGGAAGAUGGAGACCUGCAAACUCUUGGCAUGAUAGAUUAUGACAAGAGAUUGACACACUCCUUCACUGCCCACCCAAAAGUUGACCCUGAUACGGGAGAAAUGUUUACAUUUGGCUAUUCGCAUAUGCCACCUUAUCUCAUAUAUAGAGUGGUGUCGAAAGAUGGUAUUAUGCAUGAUCCUGUCCCAAUUACUAUCUCAGAGCCAAUCAUGAUGCAUGAUUUUGCUAUUACUGAGAAUUACUCAAUUUUCAUGGAUCUUCCUAUGCACUUCAGGCCAAAGGAAAUGGUGAAAGAAAAGAAAAUGCUAUACUCAUUUGAUCCUACAAAAAAGGCUCGUUUCGGUGUUCUUCCACGCUAUGCUAAGGAUGACCUCAUGAUUAGAUGGUUUGAGCUUCCCAACUGCUUUAUAUUCCACAACGCCAAUGCUUGGGAAGAAGAGGAAGAGGUUGUCCUCAUCACUUGUCGCCUUGAGAAUCCAAAUCUUGAUAUGGUCAGCGGGAAUGAGGAAGAAGUACUUAGAACUUUUAGCAACGAAUUGUAUGAAAUGAGAUUCAACAUGAAAACGGGCUCAGCUUCUCAGAAGAAACUAUCAGCAUCUUCAGUUGAUUUUCCCAGAAUCAACGACUGCUACACUGGAAAGAAACAAAGAUAUGUAUAUGGUAUCGGAACAUUUCUGGACGGCAUUUCAAAGGUUACAGGAAUUAUCAAGUUUGAUCUGCAUGCGGAAGCUGAGAAAGGCAAAACGACGUUGCAAGUAGGAGGCAAUAUCCAAGGAAUAUAUAAGCUGGGACAAGGCAUAUAUGGUUCGGACCCUAUAUAUGUCCCGCGGGAGACAGCAGAAGAAGACGAUGGUUACUUGAUAUUUUUUGUUCACGAUGAAAACACAGGAAAAUCGUGUGUGAAUGUGAUAGACGCAAAAACAAUGUCCUCCGAGCCAGUGGCAGUGGUGGAGCUGCCACACAGGGUCCCAUAUGGCUUCCACGCCUUGUUUGUUACAGAGGAAAAACUCCAAGAACAAACUCUAAUAUAAGCCAAAUUGGUGCAUUUAUAUGUAGAAUAUAGUUAUGGAAAGGAUAAAACACUAAAUAUUAAACCUAAUCACGUGUAUGUAUGGUAUAUUAUAUUGUAAUCAAGUGAUAUAAUGGAAUAUUC